GCGAUCGGGUACAAUAUUUGGUCGCCUCAACCAUUCACCAGCUCAACUAUUAUUCUUUGACGUAACUUCCAGCUCUCGCCUACUUAGGUUGGAUCUGUCAUUGCAUGAAGUUGAAUUCUGCUCACCAGGAGAUCUCCCCGCACCAGCUACCCCAUCCGUUCCAUCAGUUGACCCAACCCUCAUUGUGUCAGCCGUACCCUCUGACGUCGAAGUCGUAGCAGGUGUAUUUGUAGGUGCCACCAGCGUAGAACUCCAUGUCUGGUAUUUGGUCCUCGGUUUCGGUAUCGGCCUAUAACACGUCAAUGUAUCAGGCUAUAGCUCCCAAUAUCUCUCGAUACAUAUUAAAGCCUCACUGACUGCUUGUGUUGUGUUGCAGCUGCCGGUGUACGGUACUGUGACCAUCGCCAGGUUCGGGACCGCCAAAGCCCAGCAACGCGGAGAGGUUCCGUGCUGUCGUCCUUAUUUAUCGCCGAAUAAGUUGUAGUAACUGUCAUAAGAAUGGAAUCCACUCACUUCCACUAGAAAAAUCCGACACGGUUUAGCCGUUGCCGNUUUUUUUUCUAGAAUCCUAACAUUUACACACAUAAGCAUGAUGACGUACUCGCGAUCGGCCCAAGAUUGGCCUGGGUACUUCCCUACUGAUCGUUUUAUUCUCCGUGACGUAUUAUUAUGAAUAAAUGUACAUGUAGUCUGUUGCCACUCCACAUGAACACGAGUGCGCCCUCACAUGUAUGCUAGUAAAGACACGUUCCUCUCUCCACCUUCAACGUCUUAUACUUCUUCAUUUCUGAACAUAUCUCGCAAUUAUUUUGACCAGCUAAGAGUAGGAUUUUAAGUGGAUGCAUGUAAGAUAUUAAUGUGUGAUAUUGUGCAUUUCUGCACGUCAUCAAAACUCCUCAUUUUAAUGCAUUUGGGCCGCAACAAUGCCAGUUUACAUGUAUCUUCAUGCACGCUUCAUGCAUGCCUGUUGUGCCUUUCUCUCCGUGACGUCAUCAACUACAUAAACACAAAAUUUGACCUCGCGUGUUGUGUUUCCAACAUCGGCCCAGUUGGUUGUGGAAAAAAUUUGCUUCUUAUUUCUCUCGUGUUGAUUUUCAUAUUGGUUUUGGGGUGGCCAAUCUACUUCCAAAAGCCUAGAUGUUAAAAUAUUUGAAGCUUUCUUCCUUUGCACUUUACAUAUUAUUUUUCAAAGGUGAAAAAUGAGGCAGACGCUAAUAGAAACUAUGGGAAGAGCUGUGGCUUCUGUAUAAAACGAAGGACCAUUACGCAUACUAUUAUCAGAAUAUUUCACACGUAGCACUUACUGAAGAGGAGACCUUUGUACUAUUCUGAGGUUGAUACAGGUUAACCGGUUAUUUUAAAGUCUGUGUUAACAUUUAGAUUAUGAACUUUACUCGGGCAAAGUAUACAACGGCGACCAACAUGGCUGCUCGAGCAAGUCUUUACUGUGGUCUUUUGCUGUCUGUCUGUGGGCUUUCAUUUGGCGGUUGCCCGUCCUAUGUGGACAGCACGGGUGAAUAUGUGCCGCCAUUUGACUGCCCGCAGUAUAUCUGGGAGAACGCUGAUGAAACGUACUGCUGCAGAAGCGAUUCCGGAACCUACAAUUUCUGCUGCGACGAAAGUUUAUAUAAGUGGUACACAAAUUCUCACUGGAGUAUUGGCUACACUUUUGCGAUAAUGACGGGCGUUCUCCUAAUGCUUUCGGCGUUUUGUUUCAUAGUUCGAUUACUCGUCAUUCGGAGCCGGCGCUCGCGUCAAGAACCAGUAAUGUAUGUUGCCUCCCAAAGAUCUGACAAUCCUACAGCCAACAUAGCACGUCCGCCACCGCCAUAUCCGCUUUCAACUGAGCACGCCACCAUGAGCCCAUCCUUAUCCCCAUCUGUCGACGGGACAGCUGCUUCUCCGCCCAUCUACGGAGGCCCAUCAGUCGAUCCCCCACCACCUUAUCCCGGUUACAAUUCCAAUCCUUUUGGGGCUACAAAUGAGAAGCCGUAUGACGUCACUUACUAAACAGCUAUGCAAGCAAAAUUAUUUAAAUUCAUUCGAACGGGCCCAAUGAUGCAUUUCCAUUCGUUCAUCAGCUCAUAUUUUUGUUUGGGCGAUGAAAGUGUUCGCGGUCACUUUUAAACUUCUAAGAAAUUUACUUUUAAUUAUUUAUGUUAUUGGGAGAAUAAAACAAUUUCGGGAAAAUUCAAAUGGCAAGAAAUCAAGUGAGGCCUUGAAUUUCCAUUGAUUUUUUGCUUGCUUGUGUUUGCAAGACAAAAUUUAAACAACUGAGGGAAGAUUUGACAAUUGAAGAACUUUUUAUCCACUAGUACCGUUAUUUGUUUUGCGUUGUCAAUUGAAAGCACUAUAUAAAUACUUUGACAAACACACCCAUAAAAUCCCACAAUUUAGAUUCAAGUUGGUAGUGUAUUUCUAAUAUAGUAAAUUUUCCACGAGUGGCAUUUAUAAGAUAGGUACAAAGGGGAAGGAAAUAUUAUAAAUGCAGAGUUCAGAUCUAAUAUUCAAAAUUAUUUUACGCAGACUUGGCAAGAAAGGACUUUAUUCACAAUUCCCUGUUAUUCCAUGCUUGAUAAACGAAUUCUUUCAGCAAUCGGUUCAUACAUCGCAGAGCUCUUUACACACAGCCUUUUCAAAGACGUUUAUUCAUAGUCAUCAUUUUGUAUCCUGUAAUUCCGUCAUCAAACUUUUUGUAUGUCUUUACUUCCUCAAAUGAAAUUUAUAUUGAAAUUGUAUUCCAGUCA